GACCAAAGCGGGGCAACUCUGUAGGGAAGAAAUAUAGUCGUGUUGCGACAGGAUUCAAAAUGGCAGUUUUUAAAUCCUGGACAAUAAUAAAUGAGAAUUUUAUAAUGGACGUGUAGAGAGAUUGUACGUUGAACGAUGGAAGACUCGCUCCUCCAAACUACAACUGAACACAUCACGUGCACAAUAUGUCUGGAAGUGUUCGAAGAACCCAAGGCGCUGCCAUGUUUACACACAUUCUGUAAGAAGUGUAUCCACAGUCAUAUAACGCGUAACGUCGCCAGUCACACGUACCCUAAAGGAUUCCGGUGUCCAAUAUGCCGGGUAUUUGUGCCUGCUAUAAUAGGAAAGCAAAAUUCUCCACAAACCUGGGCCAGCUAUUUACAGGGGAAUCACGUGAUAGCUAGUCUGGUGGAUGCAUUCCAGACACCAAGGGAUCAACGAAACGUAAAGUGUUGUCAAGAACAUCCUCACAAAGAGCUUGAAAUCUACUGCUUUGACCACAAAGUCUACCUCUGCUGUAUUUGUUCUUUGAAGCAUAGACAAUGUACAGAUGUACAGACCAAAGAGGAUGCCAUGGAACGCCUGGAGUCUUUGAGUGCUCUGACGAUCAGCAAAGACACUGCAGAGAAUAUGCUGAAGGAAAUGUACGAACAAUGCAACGACAUAGAAAAACAAAUAGCAGCAAGAAAAAGUAGAGUUCUUGGUAUGGAAGAAAAGGAGGUUAAGGCGAAACAGAUCAUAUCUCAACUAAAAGAGGAAAUGAUUGAGCGAAUUCAACAAGCAGAAGUAUGCACCAUUGCAAAGCUUAGCGCGAAGAAAGAGAAAGAAAUCCAAAAAACCGAGAGAGACAUUAAGAAGUACGAGAGAUUCCUGAGUAAUACUAAAGACAGCAUCAGACUUCUCCAGUCUGCAAGUGACGGACAAAAGAAAGAAGAACUGGAUGAGGCAGUGCAGGUAGCGUCUUACACCAAACAAAACUGCCUCAAAAAGCUAGUCUCCAUGAACAAAAAACUUGACAAGGUUACUUUCGAAUUUAAACCAACCAAAGCUGUCAUCGAUUUUCUCUCAAACUUUGAAUUCAUUGGAGGCAUAGAUACGACUCAGGACGAAUCCGACGACGCCGAAAACUACGCGUCGUUAGGAAGUGGUAAUUUCUCUGACGACGAGAGACCCCCUGUCUUUCACAGAGCCCAUUCUUGCGCCGAGAUACCGAUGACGCCCUACUCUCGACAGAGGCCGGUGCCUGCCAGGCGACAGCGACGUGUUGCCUCAGCCUCGUCCCUGGAUACGGAAAACACCACGCCCAGUUUAGCGCCAAAUCAAAUGCAAACUUAUGCAGAAAUACUCGUAAACUCCAGCAAGAUAAAACCAAGUUGGAUAACGGGGUUGAGCGUCUUUCCUGAUGGGAAAAUUCUUCUAGCAGACUACCAUAACUCUAGAAUGGUGUUGUAUAGUUCAGACUACGACCAGCUGUCAGAAAUCCUAGUCCAAACCGCGCCAUAUGACGUCACUGUUAUAGAUGAUAGUAGUUUCAUGAUUACGCGUCCUGAAUUUGCACAGAGCGUCGUCAGUGGAAGCGUUGUUGAUGGUCGUCUGCGUCUUGGCGCCAGUUUAAAAACUUCGUUCCAAGCACGCUGUUUAAACUUUAACGAAGGAUAUCUCGCCGUUUGUUCAAGCUCCAUUGUAGAAAUAUUGGAAAAGGAUCAGGAGUUUUGGACGGAGAAAAAUUCUCAUUCGUUUGUGAGAUCAAAGUUCACAUACGUAGCUGUAGAUGGCCAAAGAAAGAAUAUAUUUUUGACGGACCAGAAGUAUCCGGAACCACAGCUGAUCUGCCUGUCUUUCUCCGGUGAAGUAAUCUGGAGAUUUGUCCAUCCAGACUUGAACUUUCCUACAGGUGUCGCUUUCAGUGACACGCGGGUUUUUGUGGCAUCCUGGGAUAGAUGUGCCGUCUUGGAGCUGGGUUUGGAGGGAGAUUACCACGGGGUUAUAUUCAGGGAUAUUCGGUAUCCAUGGACUAUAGCUGUAGGCUCCGACCACAACAAGUUGGUGGUCUCUCAGCACAAAAACACUCUUCCAGAUGAGAUAAAAAGAUCUGUCAAACUUCUUCAGUUUGAAUGCGAACCUGAAAUGUGAUUUUUGUUGGUAAUUUUUUUCUUUUAUCGAAAAUUGUUUAGAAGUAAAGUCAAUAUAUAUAUUUAUUUAACACAAUUGAUGAGAUGUAAGAAUUUGAUUUUGUAGAUUUGCGUACUAUACAUGCAAGUAUAAUCGUAUUGUACUAUUCCCUUCACUAUAUAUGGACCUCGUCAUACAUGUUUGAUCUGUCCAAAACUCCGAACUCAACCCAAUCUGAUUAAAAGCAACAGUUAUGUACAUGUAUGAAACAAACCAAGAAAAUCCCCCGUUAAACAACGGACAUCAACAUGGCCGAAAUAAUGCCGUGAGGCAGUCAGACAGGAUUUUUUUUUUUUGCAGAUGCUUUAAUAUAAUAUGACAUACACAUGACAUUAACCAUAGUACCUUUGAAAUGGUCUUCAUUGCCAAAUUUUAAUGUACAUGUAUGUAUCAGACUUUAGAGGUCUCGGAAUUUUGUGCAAGUGUUAAACAUUGAAAAAGUCAAUGUCAUGUUACCCUAACCUCGUGAGAUGAUCUUGUAAACAACACUAGUCAUGUUGGAAAAUUCUUAAACUUCGUAAACACAUAUACAGGGUAUUACUGACAUUUUAAAGAUACCAUGUACUAAGUAUAUACUUCUUUUAUACACUGCAGAAUUAGAUAAGGUUUGUGUUGCUUCUUGUAGUAAGAAAUUGAAUGUUUUGGUGUCCGUAAAUAUUGCAACUUAGGCUAUACUACAUUUACUGGAAAUACAAUUAUAAAGGGGUAUGAUAUAUAUAUGAAUAACAUUACAUUAUAUCUAUUAAUAUGGUUAUCAUGUGCUUAAAGGUUGAUGAGAAUAUAAUAAAUGGUUGCUAACUCUA